AUGGCAGAUUCGUUCACAUGCGAUUCUUUGGCUGGGUCUUGCGAGAAACUCGACAACCUCUUUUCAGUCAAUGCAUACAGUGAACAGUGGAAAGACGAUGCAACCUGGAUUCUUACGUCGUCCUUUGUGAUCCUGACGAUGCAGUCGGGCUUUGGACUUUUGGAAAUCGGGGCAAGCUCAGCAGGAAACGAAGUGAAUACCAUGUUGAAGAAUGUCGCUGAUAUUCUCUUUGGUGCACUUGCAUUUUACUGCGUGGGAUACGGAAUUGCGUAUGGUAGGCCUUCGAAUUCUUUCAUGGGAUUAGGCGACUUCUUCCCGGAUGGCGAUGUCGAUGCAGUGUCGUCGGGUAUUCUGUAUUCACGAUACCUGUUUCAGCUAUCGUUUGCAGCUACCUCGGCGACAAUAGUCAGCGGGUGCAUUGCCAUGCGCAUGCGUUUUGAAGUCUACUGUAUAUUCGCCUUCUAUGCUGUCGUCAUCUAUUCGUUUGUUGCUCAUUGGGUCUGGGCACCAGGUGGUUGGUUGUUUGAAAUGGGUUUUCACGAUUUCGCGGGGGGAGCAGCAGUUCAUUUGCAUGGUGCCGUCAAUGGUUUGAUUGCUAUAUUGUUUGUCGGGCCCCGACGUGGUCGCUUCGACGGCAGUCGACCAGCAUCGGACUUUGAAGAAUCCAGUCCAACAAGUAUGUUGUUUGGUCUUUUCAUGCUGUGGUGGGGGUGGAUUGGCUUUAAUUGCGGAUCGACGUUUGGCAUCACGAACGACAAGUGGAUUGUUGCUGCCCGAGCCGGAGUUAUCACACUCAAUACCGCAUCCGCUGGAGGGCUGACUGCGAUGAUUUACAGUCGAUACCGCUCUGGUGGAAAGCACAUUCACCCUGGUGAUGUGGUGAAUGGAAUCUUGGGUGCGCUCGUCACGAGUUCCCCCACCUGUGCGACGACCCAUACUUGGGAUCCGCUUAUCUUUGGAGCCCUUGGAUCUUUGUUCACCAACUUUAUUAACGAUACGGUGAUGAAGAAGUGGCUCCAGCUUGACGAUCCUGUAGGUGCAGUAGGUGUUCACUUAGGGGGUGGUAUGUGGGGUUGUAUUGCAGUUGGACUGUUUGCUGAUAAAAACUUGACUGGCGCUGGCAUAGACGUGUCUGGACUAUUCAGAGGUGGUGGUUUUGAGCUGAUGGGUCGACAGCUGAUAGGAAUUGUUGCUAUUUCUGGUUGGUCAAUGUUGACGAUGCCUCCUUUUUUCUACCUUGUUGGCGUACUCUUCAGCAGAGACUGGAAGGACCCCCGAAAGGGGCUUCGUCAUGAAUUUGUUCAAAUGGAUCGUCACAUCCAUGGGUGCACUGAAGAUCCAACUGACCUUAUCACUGUGGAGAUCCAGAAAGCUUUGGAAUUGCGAGACUCGCUCAUGGUGAGUCAUCGUAGGACUGAACAAGGUAUGCUUACUGGAAUAAGAAUAAGCAAUGUGCGGCAGAUCCACACACACAACUUGAAUAUACCAUCGGGAAAUGAUGAUGAUCUUGAUGCAACCGCGAGCCCUGACUCAGCAAGCAAUACGUCACAGGAGGAAACGAUAUGA